ACAAGCGUCCCCCACUGAUCGACUCCGGUUUGCCCUACGACUAUUGCGAAAUCCGAAAUAGACCAAUCUGCUAUGGGUUGACGUUUGCCCGGCAGGAUGGGUCCUCCUCAUUUCCCUCUUUUUCUCUAUUUCCUUUUUUUCUUUUUCCCCUCCAUUCUCUCCUCUUCCUUGAUUGUCUACUUUUUUGCUUUCUCGCUGGCCCUUUCCGUCACGCUCUCUCUUUCUCUCUCUUCCCUCUUCCCCCCUCGCCUUUUCCCUUCUCCCUUCUUUCCUCUCUCUUGUCGCUAGUCCUGUUCGUGAUGGACCGAGUUCUUCCAGAUUAUUCCCGAGCAUUGAAUUAAGGGUUCCUUUGGAUUUCUUCUAUGGAUGCCUUGCAUCGACCUUCUGCAGUCGCAUUCAGCAUCAAGGCGCCUUAGAAUGACAAGCUCGCCAGUUCUAGAUCCUUGGUAUUGUCGUCACUUGGAACUUGGUUUCUAUCAUGGUCCUGGGUCGCCUGAAUGGUCGGUGUUCUUAUAAUUGAUUCCAUCCGCGAUCCACUCCCCACCUCCAUCGCACUCACCACUUUACUCCUCGACCCUCAGUCAUUCCUUGACCACCACCCUCAGACCUGUCUCAUCACCACGCGGGACGUUUGAUUAUUUCAAUUUGUGUCUUUUUUUUUUCUUUCUUUUUAUCUACCACCCCUACAAACUCAUCGUUCGACCACUACUUCUACUACCACCACCACCACAUCAUGUGUUAUCUACUGGUUGAGCGAUUUUCGGUGUGCAGAUGUCUUUACUUUCAGCACGCGGUAGAUCCGUGUGAAGCAUAUGGCCAGCGUGGCCAUGUGGUGCAGGAGAAAAUCGUCCUGGUCGGCUACACCUGUUCCCGACACUCAUUGAGAUGCAACGGAAACAACGCUCGAGACCCAACCCUGCCGGAUUCAGGAUAUUCCAGCAUUAAGGGUUAAACCUAUCUGCUCUUGGACAGUGAGAGGCAGCAGUCGCGGGACGUCUGCCUCAACUGUUGUUCGAUUAUUUUCCUGUUCGAUGCAUGCUCAGUUCGAUUCGAUUUUGGCUUGGCCGGUUCGCCAAAACUCUUGCUAGAUAUAUGCUUUUUUUUAUUGUCAACGCCGUGGGGCUGCGCUCUCGUCACCGUUUUCUUUAUAAUUGUGUGUGUGUGCGCGUGUUCAGUCAGCCUGUUCUGCAUAGCGUUGCGUUGUGUUGCGUCGCAGAAUCCCCAGUCACGAUGAGACGAGAAAUGUGCGACGAUCGACUGGGCGGAGAGUUUUGUCUCAUUAAACUAUGGUAAUAGAGGAGGAUUCAAUUGAGAAAAUCGGGGUCGUAUCAGUGAUACACCAGUUGGGGGAUACCAACAUCUAUCUAUGCAUUAUCUAGCUGGCCUACCUACAUUCGUUCAACUUAUAAUCAUUUAUUGUUUACGGUCAUAUGAACAUGUACUUAUGCAUGGCAUCCGAUCUACCUACCAAUGGAUAUAUCGAUCAUCCCGUUAGACGAGGGUUAAAGUUAAGCAAUAGUGAAAUUCCUGAAUGACUUGUCUAUUGCACUAUAGAUCCCGAGAAGGAUCAAAACUGCGGUGACCAAGUGAGAAAAACUAUAACU